GCCCCACUUCUCCAAGUCCCCCAAGCUCGAUCCCUCCGGGGAGAGGGGACUCUCCUUUCGCUGUCCAGUCCUGCUGCGUGCGCCCAGCCCUCAGUUGCCGUCGGUUCUAGCGUCUCCCAGCGCGGGCCAACGCGAGAGGACAGUGAUCCCCUUGCCUUGGCGUGGCCGGGCAGCCCCUGUCGGCCUGUUAUCCCCCCUUGAACCGGGAGCGCUGAUGGGAGCCGCCCUUUGGUGAAGAAGCCAAGACUCAGAGAGGCCAAGCCACUUGCCUGGGGUUACACAGCCAAAGGAGGCAGAGCCAGGAUUUUUACACCCAGAUCCAGAAGCAAAAGGAAAAUGUCCACCCGGGAUGAAAAGGCAGUCACCCGAAGGGCCAAGGUGGCUUCCGGCCAGAGGAUGAGCAAGUUCUUAAGGCACUUCACUGUUGUUGGUGACGACUACCAAGCUUGGAACAUCAACUACAAAAAGUGGGAGAAUGAAGAGGAGGAGGAUGAGGAGGACCAGCAGCUGCCACCUACGCCAGCCUCAGGGGAGGAGGGCCAGGCUUCGGGCCCAGAUGCUGCCCCUGUCCCCGCACCCAGGCCUCCCCUUGACUUCAGGAGCAAGUUGAGGAAGUUGUUCAGCUCUCACAGGUUUCAGGUUAUCAUCAUUUGCCUGGUCAUUCUGGAUGCCCUCCUGGUGCUUGCUGAACUCAUUCUGGACCUGAAGAUCAUCCAGCCAGACAAGAAAAACUACGCCCCCCAGGUCUUCCACUGCCUCAGCAUUGUCAUCUUGGCCUUUUUUAUGAUGGAGAUUUUCUUUAAAAUAUUUGUCUUCCGCCUGGAGUUCUUUUACCACAAGUUUGAAAUCCUGGAUGCUAUCGUGGUGGUGGUCUCGUUCAUCCUUGACAUUGUCCUCUUGUUCUGGGAGCACGAGUUUGAGGCUCUUGGCCUGUUGAUCCUGCUGCGGCUGUGGCGGGUGGCCCGGAUCAUCAAUGGGAUAAUUAUCUCAGUUAAAACACGUUCAGAACGGCAACUCUUGAAGUUAAAACAGAUGAACAUUCAAUUGGCUGCCAAGAUCCAACACCUUGAAUUCAGCUGCUCUGAGAAGGUAAGAGGACACUUGGUGGGGAAAUGUUUGCAGUCCCCUCCUUCAGCAUGUUUCUGUGGUGCCUUUAGUCUGGAACACCUGUCUCUUGACUGAGUCUUCCUUAUUUG